CCCCAUCCCACCCCCUCCCUCACCUUCAUCACCCACCGCACACUCUUCUUGGGACGCUCUAGAGGCCCCGCCCCUAUCCCACUUGUGUAACGUACGCAACCCCCCAAGAUGAUGUCCAUCCAGCGCAACGCCCUGCGCACCGCCGUCCGCGCCGCCGCGCAGGCCCAGCAGCAGCCUGCCGCCUUGGCUGGCGUCCGGUACGCAUCGACCAAGUCGCUCGUUGACGCCGUCGCCGAGGUCGUCCCCGAGAAGCAAGAGCAGCUCAAGCAGCUCAAGGCCAAGCACGCCGACUCGAGCUUGGGUGAGGUCAAGGUUAGCAACCUCCUCGGUGGUAUGCGCGGAUUGAAGAUCAUGCUCUGGGAGGGCUCAGUUCUCGACGCCGACACCGGUAUCACCUUCCACGGCAAGAGCAUUCCCGACUGCGAGAAGGAGCUACCCACCGCCAAGGACCUUGGCCAGGAGGGCAAGGAGAUGCUCCCCGAGGCUAUGCUCUGGUUGCUCCUCACCGGCAAGGUUCCGUCUGUCGAGGAGACCAAGGGCCUUUCUCAGGAGCUCGCCGCGAAGGGUACGCUCCCGGCCUACGCCGAGAAGGUCAUUGACAGCUUCCCCAAGUCGAUGCACCCAAUGACCCAGUUCUCCGCCGCCGUUGCUGCGCUCAACCACGACAGUGCGUUUGCAGCGGGCUACAAGAAGGGCAUGAAGAAGACCGAGUACUGGCAGCCAACGCUCGAGGACUCGAUCUCGCUCAUCGCUAAGCUCCCCGCUGUCGCGGCGCGCAUCUACUACAACGUCUUUGGCCGCGGUGACGGCAAGCAGGCCAUCGACAGCAGCAAGGACUGGAUCGGCAACUACUCGCAGAUGAUCGGUUACGGCAACAGCGUCGGCAUGACCGACUACCUGCGUCUUUACAUUGCUAUUCACGGAGACCACGAGGGCGGCAACGUUUCGGCGCACGCCACCCACCUCGUCGGCUCGGCGCUCUCCGACCCCUUCCUCUCUUACUCUGCUGGUCUACUCGGCCUUGCUGGUCCCCUGCAUGGCCUUGCCAACCAGGAGGUUCUUGGCUUCAUGCAAGACAUGCAAAAGAGCGUCUCGGAGAACCCGAGCAAGGAGCAGAUCACCGACUACCUCUGGUCUGUGCUCAAGUCCGGCCGCGUCGUGCCAGGCUACGGCCACGCGGUGCUGCGUCAGCCGGACCCUCGCUUCACGGCGCUGCAGCGCUUCGCAUCGCAGCGCCCUGAGCUGCAGAGCGCCUCGAUCGUUCAGCUCGUCCAGAAGGUCUUUGAGGUCGCGCCCGGCGUGCUGACCGAGCACGGCAAGACCAAGAACCCCUUCCCGAACGUCGACGCCGCCAGUGGUUGCGUGCUGUAUUCGUACGGCAUGAGCGAGUUCUCGUACUACACUGUCGUCUUUGGCGUCUCGCGCGCCCUCGGCGCUCUGCCGCAACUCGUCUGGGACCGUGCACUCGGCAUGCCCAUCGAGCGGCCGAAGAGCAUGUCCAUCCAGGCUCUCAAUGCUUUCCUCAGCAAGUAAGCAAGUGCAGCGAGAACCACGCGUCCGAUCGGCUAGAUUCCAAAAGUAGCAUAUAAAUACACAAAAAUGAGUUGGAUGUGUACUUUUGCCACCCAUUUUCUUCAUCUUCCUUGUGCUUGUU